AUAUCUCGAAGAGUAAGAUGGCGGAAGGCAUUGCAAUAUUUCAGUAUUAGCUUCAGCGGAAAUCGAGGGAGGCUAAAAAAUGCCCACAGACAUUUCGAGAAACAAGGACAUUUAGGGGAAGGUUAUGGAAAGAAAGUCACUAAGACUUGAACAGCUGCAAAAAAUUUUUGAUGAAGCUCCUUCCUCCACUGUUGUGGUAAGCACAUAGCGAUGUAAAAUUAUGAAGAAGAUUACUGAUCAUUUGCUGAUCUGGCCAGUAACUUUCCUUCUAAAGCUAAAUUCUUUCCGUAAGAGUAAGACUGUUCCAAUUUUUUUGUUUUUGAGCUACCCUUUAUAAACAUUUUAAGCAAUAUCAGAACGAGUUCCUUUUAGUGUUUGUUUCGAGUUGUGACGUUGGUUAUGAUUUAGAGGUUCAUGAUCGAUAAUCUUUUUUUAAUGACAGACAUGAAGAAUCAUAAAUAUUUUUAGUUCCUGAGGAGAGUGCAACACAUGCAUUAAAUAUUUUUUCUAACUCAUCGUGUAUACGACUAUUUACAAAGUGAAGAGUCUAGGUGAAUUAAGAUGUAUAGCAAUACAGGUAUCUCAAUAUGUGAUGGAAUGCUGCUUUAUUAGUCCUUACAAAUUGAAAUUAAUUUGUAAGAAUUUUAAUGCUUUAAGCCUAUUGUUAUAUUUAAACUAUAAGCUUAAAUUUAUUAUGUUUACUUAAGCUGCCCAUGAUUAAAAACAUGAAACUGCUGAUUUACAAAUUAUAACGGGGCAUAAUAAAUUUAUAUCAAUAUACAUACAUGCAGAUUUAAAGGUUGAAAACUGUAACACUGUUACGUAAGUGUCACACAGUAAACGAUCGUCAUCUGUAUGUAUUAUUUUGUAUCAAGCACUCCUGCACCUUAGUGAAGCAAUCUGCACGAUGUCAUAAUUUCUUUGUUAAUAAUUAUGAAGAUACAAAUUUUGUAUGUGACAUGUACGUGUAUAAAUAUGUGAGAGAUCAAAUAUGCCAAAACAAAACAAAACAAUAACAAUAAUAAUAAUAAUAGUAAUAAUGAUUAAAAAUGAAAUAAAAAUUUAAAACUUACAGUACUGACAAACCAUUGCAUGGAUUAGUUAGGAUCAGGGAUGGAUUAAGCGAAGAUUAGAUGAUGACUUCAAAAUGAUGUUUAAUAGAAAUAUAUUGGGAAAAAUGUCUUGGAAAAACGUUUUUGUUUGUUGGCUAGUAGAAAGCAACUGGCUGGCAAUGCAAAAAAAAAAAAACAACACAAUUUGGGCUCUGGGAAUAAAUAAUGCUUAAUAUGCUAUGAACCUGCAACCUCGCAGAUACUGACUGGGUGAUCUAACCACUUAGUUACAUGUAGAGGCAAUAAUGAGGACCUUCAGUCUCGAUCAUAAUAAAUUAUUUUUCUUGUUUCUUUUUUAAAGACUUUUAUGCCUAAAUAAAUCUUAAAAUCAACAUUGAGUGAAGGAGAGGGGACAAGUAGAUGUCCUUGUGCUCAAGAAUGUUGUGUCUUGUGUCCUUUUGAGGAGUGUUUUGAAGAAUUAUUGCCGUGAUUGCUGGGCUCAAGUUCUUCUGAGUUUUCCUUUGUCAACCAUUUUGAUUACUCCUACUGUCAAUCAAUGGCUGGAGUCAUUUAUAAAAAUGUAGGGUCACCUCAUGUUACAUAAGUGAAGUUUACAUUGAAGAUGGCAGCUGUAUUUCACAAGAAUGACUGACAAAAACAAAACAGCAAAAGGCAAACUUACUUUGCAGAGAAAUGUUGUUAAAUAUAUGAGACUGCUGAGACCUUAUGAAAUGUUUUUAGUGAUAAUAACUGGAAACAUUCUUUUUUUUUCUGUGUGUGUAUGUACAUGGGUGGCCAAUUAAAAAACAGGUUUUCAUUUUGAGUGGCAAUUACUAUAAUAUUGAAGUUUCUUUUGAUAGAAGCGCAUCAGUGCUGAAGGAUUAGACCAGCAAGACUGCACUGUACACUACUACAUGCGAGGUUUUUUUCUGGUGGCUUUGUUGCCUUUUGAGUACAGUAUGUCAUUUCCGGGUCUAUAUCGCGUGACAGCCCUGUGAUUCACAAAACAAAAAAGCUCCCAUAUCUACAUACAAAUCUAGCCUGAUCUCCAUGCAUGCAUUUUCUUAAAGUACUAAGUGAGAGCGUGUGAUAACAGAUCAAAGCAUUUCCCUUUGGCAACAAUUUUAUUAAUUCUUGUUACCUUUUCUUUUGAAGAUGUAUGGAUAAUUGUUAGGAGAAAAUUGAUUUUGGUCUUUUCUGGGGCUUUGAGGGUUAAAAAGGGUCAUGACAUGCAUCGUUGACCCCUCUUUUAAAAUAGUGGGUAUUUCCAUGGCUACCCUGGAUUAGAAAGGAUAAUGUUACACUCUUGUGUUUAAAUUGUCUCUUGCCACAGUUCUUUGUUUUCCCAAGGAAAUGUGAUCCUUCUUUGGUCAUUUGCCAAGGAUAGAAACUUAUGCAACGAAACUAAACUUAACAUCAAUGGGCUUUUUUCGGGUCAACAUUUAUUAAUAGUAAAUUAAUUAUCACAAUGUGGUCAUGAGAAGACAAAGAUGUCUGAUCUUGAAGUUGCAUCGAACUUCAAAGACACUUUGACAUGUCUAAUGGGCAAGAUAACUCAAGCUGGGUUUUGUUGUUUUUGUGAAAAUGAGGAGUACAGGAUUUCAAUGUUAUUUACAUCAAAAUGGAGGUUGUUUUGAGGUAAAAAAAAAACAUUUUGAGAGUUGUUAUCUACCUCCUCUACGGUUAAUUUGAUCAAUUAAUUUAUCAGAGGUGAUUCCUGUUUUGAAGUGCUACAAUUAUUGUAAGAGCCAUCUUUUAAUGUUGUCCAAAAGAUCUGUAGACAUUAACCAAUUCUUUGUAAUUAAGGGGCAAAUACAUGAUGUUGCGCAUGCAUGUAUGAGUAUGAUGAAUUGUGUGACAUUAUAUUAUUUAAAGAAUGUAACAUGCCCAAUAAUUUUAUCAUUUUCACCCCAUGUGUUUAGUUGAAGAUGGUUAAUGUGGAUCAGUUGAAUACAUCAUUUCAAGGAUUGUAUUGUUUUGACCUUGAUUCUUCCUGAUAACCUUUAUUCUGCUACAUGUACACCUUAUCUACAGCAUAAUUACCUUUAAGUUAUAGAUCCCACAAGGUGAAAUAACCAGCAACCUUUAAUAAAAAUGGUAUAGCUUUAGCCAGGUAACUUUAAAGAGAACCACAUGCUUAAUUGCAUUGCAUGGGAAUUUAUAACAUGUGCAGUGUACAUACAUAUGUUAUAGGUCAAAAUGAAAUUCAGGUUAACAUUUUUUUCACUGGUUGAUUCUCUUUUUCCUUUGUCUACCAGCCCUAAUUCAUGAAUAAUGACUAUUACUCUUGAAUUAGGGCUAGGAGACAGAGGAAGUAACCUACGGUAUGUGAAAAAAUUUUAAACUGAAUUUUAAGUUUGACUUGAUUGUAACACGUACACAUACUGGAUGGGGCCAAUGUAAGUGUUGUGGUUCAAUGUUAUCCUUGGUUCAAAUUUUAUUUCCCUUUGUUUUAAACUCAUUAUCAUACAUUACUAUACCCCAAAACAAGUGGAAAUAAAAUUGAAACCAAGGAUAAAAUUGAACCACAACAUAAGCAUACUGUCAAAAGCAUUAUGUCUGCAGUUUGAAUGCAGAAAGCUAAAGGAAUUUAUUGGAUUUCACUGUUGAUUGAACGAAUGAUCCUCUAUUUCUUUGUAAGUAUUACAGCAAAAUAUUAGUUUGAACUAGAAAUAUGUGUAUCGCAGAACCAUGUGAAGUUGGGGAGGGGGGGAUGGUAGGAGAAAGGAAACUACUUGUGUAACCAGGGGGGAGAGGAUUAAACACUGGACCUGUAAAUGUAAUCAAAGGAACCUGGCUGGUUGGAGAAAAUUUAUUUGAGCCCACGAUUCUGAUUGGGAUUGGAUUGGGCAUCACUGGGUAUUGCUGUGCAGGUUGAUGAAAUUAUUUUGGAUCAAAAGCCAAAGUUGUGUAAAUCUCUUGUUUACCUUUGCCUUUCACUGAUAGAACUUCAGCGUGCGAUGUCAGUUCACUCCACCUUAAUUUUUUCUGUUAUUUUAAAUAUUCAUUAUUUUACAAUAUUUUUUUGCAGCCCUCUAAACUCACACUGCAUGAAAAGUUCUUCACUCACCCUCCAUUGCUGCCAGGGGAACAGAUAGUUUCCCAGCAAGAUCAAGUGACCUGUGUUGACACCUUUAAUGAUGUUGCUGAAGGGAUUCUCCAUAUCACCACAUACAGGAUUAUCUUUGCUGGCUGUUAUGCCCAGGUAUUGAAAUAUUCUCAUAUAGUGUAAUGGAAAUUUGGAUAGGUGGUAUACAGGCUGAACAAGUUUUUUGUUCAAUUAUUGAAAUAAAAAUAUAAGCAUGAAUUCAUAUGAAUUAGUGUAAUUUUUUCAAUUUUUGUUGUAUGUAGUCCUAUUUAGAACAAGGAGAACAUGACUAUUUAGAAGCUGAACCUGAGGAAGUGGCAAGGCGAGGACAUUACUAUCAAACCCGCUCUAGAAAGACAUCUUUUGGUCCCCGUGCAAAAUUGCACAAUGCCAGGAGCUGUGAUGAUGCAGAAACUAAGCAGAUGAAAAGGUAUAUAAACUGCAUUAUUCUGCAGCCCUGAAAAAACAAAAAAUGAAAGAAAGAAAAGCAGCAUACAGUAGAACCCCGUUAACUUGAACUCUAAAGGGAAACAAAAAAAAAGUGAGUUAGUGGGGCUCCAAGUGAAAUUAAAUUCAAUUUGCCAUUGAUAGUUACUGAUUUUUCAGCACUUCAGUGUAUGGUGUAGUGCAAAUUUAACUUAUUCCAUCAGAAAUGGUAACACGAUUAGGCAUUGUUUAAUUAUGAUAAAACAUGAUAACUUCGUUUCACUAAUUAAAAUGAAAUUGAUGUAGUGUUGACCAACGUUAGUUUUAGUGUUUUUGCUGGUGAUACAAAAGGAAUAAUAGUUAAUGGGGUGACAUCUGACCAGAGUAACAAGAAUAAGAAUUUGAUUUAUGAGGGUAAAUUUCAAUGAAUUUUU